AUGUUUGACGUAUAUUGGACAGACCCUGACCGUGAGCUCGUCGGCGAGCAUCGCGCUAGAAAGGAAAAAAGACGAGAACAAAAAGCCAAACAGAAAGAAAAGGAACAAGAGAACUCCACCAUACCACGGUCUGCUUCCGUCGCAAGCACCACAUCAUCCACCGAGUCUCGCUUUGGCUUCCUUCGACCUCGAAAUGGAAAGCAAGCAAAGACCAGAGACAAGACUAAGACGGGGCUUCUGACCCCAAGCCAGCACUCUUCUCGCUCCAACUCGGGAAGCUAUCAUCGCUCGGCACUACUGGCCAACUUGUCUGAAGUGUCUCUCGGUGCUACAAGAGCACAAAAGGCAAGCAUUCCUGCUUCGGACUCUAUCAGCGAGGCGCAUAUCUGCAGUCGCCGAGAGUCUGGUUCCUACGUUAUUAAGCAUGCCGGAGCAUCGCAAACUCCUCCAAGAUCCGAGUCUGAUAAGCCAGAGUCGUCUAUCGAUAUGCGUGUCUCUUCUGAGGCUGACGUUGACCAUCCCGCUACACCUUCAGACUCGGCCAGCGAAGGAAAUUUUCCAGUCCCUUUACUCCAGAACGACUCAAUCCCCUGCCUUGUGCCGAGCAUUCGACUUCCCAAGGCACCCAAGGCCCCCGUCACCAUCAAGUUCCGGCCUAAUGAUCCCGACUCGUGGCGACCGCCUGAGGAAUGGGAGUACAUCGACCGGCUAGCCGAGGAGGCGCGACAGGCAGAGGCUGACGAAGACGUUGAGAUAAAGUCUCAGACUGAUAGCCAAGUUCAACACAACCCCGAGACGGAUUUCGAAAAUCUCAAGAAGCAAGUUAACGAGAUGGCUAUUGCGAGUCCCGCUGUCGUGCUUGCACGCAUCAAGGAGAUUUGGAGUGUCACCGAUGAGAGUCUCCAUCCAGAUUUGAACAUUGAAUUAAAGCGAUGGAUGCUGUCCUCUCUGAACUACUUGGAUGUUGACCAGAAGAGCAGACCUGCUGAUUCUUCCGAUUCGAUGUGUGAUUCUGACAGUAUCAAUAUUCUGGCACUCUACGAAUCUAAAGUUGCCGCCUCUUACCUGGCAGCUCUGCAUCCGACAAAGCAGGUUCAUCAUCUAUCCGCAGAACCUCUACCAGCCGCGCAGCUUGCCAAGGCUCAUCCAAUGCUUGUGCCGUCCAUAUCGACCUCCACGCUUCCACUCGAAAAGCACCUUUUCGAGACGGUAUACUCGCUUUCGCUCCCCUCCGCCAGCCCUUCAACCGAAAUUCCCGGGGUCCUCAAGAAUAUCAGCAAGUCCUUGCGAGUCGGUGGUUCUUUGCAUCUCACACUAAUCAAUCCGCUCCCCUGUGCGGGAACACUCGGCUAUCGCAUGCGAACAUGGCUCGAAGAAAACCUCCUGAUCAAUCUAGAGCGACACUUUAGAUGCACCAACCCGAACAAGUUGUUUCCGGACUGGAUGGGCGAAGCGGGUCUGCGCGGCCCAGGAAGUACUCUCACAACAUCCAAGUUCUACGCCGUUUCGGCCAGUAUCCGCAGCCAAGUCGACGACAACGAUCCAUUUGUCGAAGCAGCUCCCACCGCACGAGAAGUGAAAGCCGAACUGAGAAGCAUAAUCGGCCGUCUGCUAUGGUUGGAAGUCUGGGGCAACUUUGUCACCGGAGACAAAUGGUGGUGGGAGGACGAAGGUUGCGUCACCGAAUGCCUCGAGCUUGGCACAGUUUGGGACUACCACAUCAUAGAAGGGUUCAAGAAAGGGGAGACUCUCGAACAGAUUGAAGAAGAACCUUAG